AUGAUUUUUCAAAAAGAUGAAGAGAUUUAUACUGGUCAAAUUUCAUUUACGUUAUUUUAUAUCUUUGGAAUGUGGCAACCACUAAACUGGAAUUCAAGAUGGAAAAUUUGGUUGUAUCGAAUUUAUUCUAUCUUCAUGAUUAUUUUUUAUUUUUCAUUCUCAGUAACGUUGAUUGUUUAUCUUCUUCAUGUUACCGCUAAACGCAAAACGGUAAUAAAAUUGAAAAAUAAACUUUUAACCAAGUUUUGUCGACCUCGAGACAUUCAGGAAUGGGAUAUCCUCAUAAGAUGCUCUCAAGAUUGCAGGUGGAAAAUAGUUAUAUUUCUAGUGACAUUUAGUAUAACUGCUGGAACCACUUUCAUGUCUCCACUCUUAAAAAGAAGCAAUUUAGCACUACCAUUAAGAGGAUGGUACCCUUAUAAUUUGGAUACUAAGCUAAUGUUUACUUUCACUUAUUUUUACCAAAUAAUAGCUGUUGUGAUGUCAGCCUACAUAAUAGCUUCCGUUGACGGAUUUGCAUUAACAUUAAUGUUGCAAAUUUGUGCACAACUUGAAAUUUACAUCUACAGACUUCAAUUACUAUCUGAAAUUUAUGAGAAAAAAAAUUCGAAUAAUAAUUUAUGUCUUCAAGAGGCAAAAAUUCUUAAGGACUGGAUGAAGCAUCAUACACAAGUGUAUUCCAUGGGGAAAAGUUUAAACGAUUUAUUCGGUUUGGUUAUUUUUGUUCAAUUUUUUGCAUCUAUAAUAAGUAUUUGUGUAAUUAUUUAUCAAUUGUCGAGAUUAGAUUCACAAAAUCCGACAUACUGGAUGAUGGUAGCUUCUGUAGGAUCUUCUCUGACGCAGACAUUUUUGUACUGUCUGUACGGUGAAAAACUUAUUCAGAAGAGUACAGCAGUUACAAAUGCAAUUUACGAAAUUGACUGGACGCGCUUUUCGCAGAAAACAAAGAAAGAUCUGACUGUGAUGAUGUUACGAACAACCAAACCUAUAAGUCUGUCUGGUUCAUCUGUUAUUGUAAUGUCGAUAAAAACGUUUAUGAAUAUCAUCAAAUCAGCAUACUCUGCCUACAAUCUUCUUGGCAGUACCAAAUAAAUUGAAUUUUACUGGAAUCGAAAAUACGAAGGUCACCUAAUUUCCCACAUAACAACAUUGUAUGGAUUCAUUUUAUUUAAACUCAAAAUAGACAUAAGAAUCGAAUUUAAGAAGUAAAGUUUAGCUAAUUGU